AUGUGCAAGUUACUGGGGAUCGACCAGCAGCUAAGCACGGCGUACCACCCCCAAACCGACGGAGGCCCUGAGAGGAUGAACCAAGAAGUACAGGCAUACCUCCGCGCCGUGAUUAACCAGAACCAGAACGACUGGGAUAAGUGGGUUCCCGCGGCUCAGAUGGCGUUAAACGGUCGGGUCAAUACCUCUAUAGGGAUGUCCCCAUUCUUCGCUAUACACGGCUAUGAGCCGAAGUCACCAGUUCCCCUCGUUACGGAAGCAUAUGCGGAAGAGUAUCCUCAGCAUUCGCCAGAAACCAGGGCAAAGAAAUUUGUUACCAAACUACAACAGAUUACGGACCUCUGCCAAGCAUCAAUGGCGACAGCUACGCAGCAACAAGAACGCUUCGCUAACAGACGACGGAACGCGGCAGAACGCUUCGAAGUAGGCGAUAAGGUUUGGCUUGACUUACGGAACUACGCGUCAGAGCGACCUAAGAAGAAGUUCGACUGGCUGCACGCUAAGUAUACGAUAAGCAAGGUACUCGACCCGUACACGGUUGAACUAGCAGACCUCCCGAGGGCUGCUAUAAUAGGUUCCACGUCGACCAACUCCGGAGAGCGGGGACGGACCCAAUGCCUGGUCAGCAACGCACAGACGCUCAACCCCAUCUAUCCAAACCCGACCUGGACCUCUUUAGACAAUAUGCAACAGACAGCGGCCUUGGAUAAGUACGAACAGAGAUACGGCCCGGCUCUCGAAAACGAUGGACCAUACCAGCACCGACGAGUGGCAACGGAAGCACAGCCGGCCCAAAUCCAGGGCAAGACUAAUGGCGACGCCCCGUCGAUAGUAACGGCACCAGACCCUAUAGACGACGGCCCUACGAUCGUUGUAGAGGACCAGGAACAGGAAAAGGGCACCAGCGCCAGAGAGGAGUAG